AUGACGACCACUUCACGACGUCGUUCCUCGCACGGUCUCACCUCGUCGGGCUCCUCCACACAGCUCGCUCGACGAGGUUCGUCCUCCAGGCUGGGUGGCGCACGUGGUCGCUUCGAUCCAAGCCUUAUGAUGUCCUCGAACGCAGCUCAAGGCCACGGUAGCCGCGACAGAUCACCUCAUGAAGGCAGCCACGCAGCAGCCAAUGACGACAAGGAUGCUGAUCACCACGACAAAGCCACGCGUCGCAACAAGUCAACAGAUCGUCUCCAUCGCUCGCGAGACAGCAGCACACAUCUCAGCGGCAAGCGGUCCAAGUCUUAUACCCACCUCGGCAUGACUGCCGAUGACACCACUGCUAGGCGACGCAAAGGAGGGAAUAGGAAGGCCAAGAAUCAGCGUCCCGAAGCUGAGGACGGAUGGACGAGCGCUAGUGCCGAUAACACACCCAGCGAUCACAGCGCCGAAGCAUCUCCUUCUAGCAGCCCUGAGGAUGAGGGUCUUGUGUUAGGUAUCAAGAAGCGUCCUGCCAAACUCGAGCAAAUAUCGACAAGCACCUCCCUUACAGCACCAAAGAAGGAGACGUUCCCACAACCACCUGAUACCCCAAGAGCUAGUGCAAAGAUGCUCGAGCCUGAGAACAGUCGCAACACCACACCAGAACGCAGAACAGCCGCGGCCGAGACUAGGGCUGACCCGCCAAUCACGGCAUCAGCGACAACCGGGACCAGCUCAAGUCAACACGCCGCUCCUCCGGCACAAUUGACAAGAGAGGACACAUCGAGAACACUGGUCGGGCACGAGACGAAUGAAGAUCGAUCGGCUGUAGCAGGCCGGUCGACUACGGACGAUCAGGAAUGGUCCUCGCGAGCGACAUCGGAAGCCCCAUCGCUCGAACAGAGUCUGUCUUCGCUCAAGCUUGUGGCUUUUCCUGAGCAAGAGAAUCCUCCAUCUCGGAACGGAUCCGCAUCUCUUGACCCUGCCGGCCAGACACGGCACCAUCGCGUGUCAUCAAGCGCUUCCAACCGGACGCUGCGAUCCUCCAUGCCGAUGGCAUCCUCACCUUCCUCGAUCCGAUCUAGAUCUUCAGCACUAUCGGGCCGCUUCCCGCUUUUCUCAAGGGAGACACAGUCGGCAGCGCCACCGAUGCUCGACACGCACAACGCUCUUGCAGGUCGUCUUGGCGCUCGCCACGAAGAUCGUGGUGAUCUGCUCGCUCCCAUGGCCGGUCCAAGUCGAACCGGUCGCAGCGUUAGCGCGAUGACAUCAAGCACCAGCGCACCCGUGGGUCUCGACCAGCAGCAGGUCGGGUCUCUUGAUAGCCGAUCGCACAUGCUCAGCAAGACAGUUACAGACAAGGGCUUGCACUCCAGUGUCGGAGCACCAUCGCCUCUAUCUUCAGCAACACAGUCAGCUGCCGGCACCCUCGGCUAUGGAUCGCAACAGCGUUCUGCAAAGGACCCUGUUGCCGACCGUCGCAGAACCGCCAGCACUCAGAGCCUCACAGCUGCAGAUGCAGCUAAGCUCGCAGCCAAGCUGCGUCUGGCUCGUGACUCGAUGGAUGACCAUGGACUCGGGGGAUAUGGCUCGACCCAACGCGGUGCGCAAGGCUACAAUCCGCGACUUGAGAAGUACAAGAAGCCGGUCGUGUCAACAUUCGUCAAAAACACAUCGAGCGAGUCGCCACAGGCUAUCGGGGUUCAAGCAAAUUCGGCUUACUCCAAAUUGUUCGCUCAGGCGCACGACAGUCAGGAAGGUGGCGAGUCAGACCGCCGCAUGAUCCGCUACGUGAUGGGCUACGGCAUCAGCGGUCCACCGAUCGAGAAGAGCCGGCUGUCUGAUGCGCUGCUUGGUCCAAGCUUGGACAUGGCCGACUUUGAGUCGAGUUGGGCUCCUGCACUAGCACACGCUGCGGGCUUGGGCGCAGCUGUGCCACCUCCUAUCCAGACCGAGUAUGGUCUGGUGACAUCGGAAGCACCGGCUGCUGCAGGCGGUCCCAACUCGACUCCUCUGCAUCUCAUCCAUGGUCUCACAACUACAUCACCGGAUCCGUUCCCGCUGGACCCUACAGACGUUCCAGCACUGCAGGAGGAUGCUGAUGUCUUCGACACUCAGCCUGUCUCGCAGCUUGCUCAGAACCCGAUUCAGCUAGUCGACCCUGGACUUAUCCGAGCCAUCGCCAUCACCACCCACGCCAUCGCCGUCCAUCGCUCGCACAUUGUCACACGCCGAUACGCCGAUCCAAUGCGUGAAGGACUCGAGCGUGUCGUGCGUUCCUCCGGGAGAUACCUGCCGGCUCCAAAGACCCACACUGCAGCUAACAACAUGCCCAACUCACCACAAAUCAGCUCGAGAUGGGGUCGUAAGACAGCACCCAACAGUCCCAUUGGAUCACGCAUUGACGCUCGCGAUGGUAGCAACCGGCCUGGUUUCCAGCGUCGCAACACUUCCGAUGCACAGCAGCAAGGGCAGUAUCCGGGAUCGGGCCAUCACAGCAACAGUACUUCUUCAAAUCUUGCCGGGCAACUGUACAACCUUGUUGAUGCGGCAGAGCAUCCUGUGAGGAGCUUGAAGCGGGUCUGGUCUGGAGGUAUCGCAAGAGGUGGGCUGGCCGCGCUGACACGGACUGAUGAAGAGCCCUGA